ACCAACAAAUUUUGUUCCGAUACCGACUUGCAACAGCUGCAAUUUAUUAGCUUAAUUUUUCAUUUGAAGAGUAAUUUAAAACCAUCAACUUAAUUCAAAUAAAAGAAUCGCAAAAAUGAUGAGUGAGCUAUCGCGCGGUUUCCGCGAAGAUUGUUACGACUUCCUGGCCGAGUUUACUCGCCACGAUUCUAUAGAGUUUCGCCAUUUCUGCUACGAGUGGAAGCGAACCAAUUUCCAGUUUGUGUUCUUUGGACGGAACACCGACGUGGAGAUGGUAGCCUUCGUGACCGAGGCAUUGGCCAUUGUAAAAAAGAUUUUCAUGAACACGAGGAAGCCGCUGGAGAAAAUUGGGGCCUUCUAUCUGCUGUACGCUCUGUACUUCAAACAACCUCCCGAGCAUUUCUGCAAAAUUCGGGUAACCAUGGCGGAUUGGGCAGAAUUUAAGCGAUUCGCGCAAGAACCCACCUUCGAGCACCAUUCGCCGGAAAUUGCGGCCAUUUUUUGGAAGAUGUUCAUCGGAGAUGCUUUCCGGUUCGUGCAGGACGAGUUCGAGUAUGGGUACGAUACGUUUUUCGUGAGGGGAGAUCAGUCUGGUCAAUUCGACGAUAAGGCGCGGGAAUCGUUCAAGGUGGUGCGACAAGCGGAGAAGGAAUUUCUGGCGAUGAAGGCCAACACGGGGUUGUAUACGGCACUGGAUGCACUGGAGAUGGGGUACAACGAGAUGAAGGAAUCUUUGGAGGAAACCGAACCGUCCGGUAGCUCCGGUGACAAAAUCCCCCAAUCGAAUCUGAUGCAGAGCCUGCACCGAGACCUGGACGUGCUGAUUGCGAUCCUCAACACCUCGAACGAGCCUCGACCGGAGGAUGAUCCCGCGUACGAUCCCAUGGCAACAUCCAGCGAAGACAUCGGUGCCAAGCGGUCUACCUUGAAGGACAGAGCCUUCCGGAAAAAGGUUCAUCGCAAAGAUCUUCAGAUAGCCUCCGCAGCCACUCAGGACGCCGGGGUCGGUUCUUCGACAUCUCCCGGUGGCAACCGGCUGCGGAGACCACGUGCCACCAAAAAGCGCGACAUGAAUUCGUCCGUGAUGACCGAUGAUGCGAUCCUCGAACCGAUGAGCACCGACGAUGACGAACCGCCGGUCUAACGGGGGGCCUGCGCUGAUGGUAGGUAUAGUGUUCCAGUGUGUCGAGGAUGAUGCAACGUGGAUCUUCUACUCGAACCGAGUGUGAGAUUGUUGGGUUGGAUACGUAUAAAAAUUUGCACACGCGCGAGGCAGAUUGAGUGUGCUAUUUAUGAAGUGUGAUAAUUCGGAUGUUGCGAUUUGUGCGAUCUGGGAACACAAUUCGCGCCACUUGUUUUUCUUGGGAAACGUUUUAUUCUCGCUUGCUCACGCGACUUACAGUGUGGGUGGAUGGAGUGUAAGAAGGUGCUGCUGCAUCGGCGCUGGUUCGUGGAAAAAGAAUCUGUCUCAGACGGCAAAUGUGAUAAUUAGGAUGAUAAUUUUAUAGGUUCUGCUAACUUGAGCGUAUGGCGACGUAAAGUUGAAUAAAUUAUUGAUUGAAGGUAA